AUAUGCGACAUUUGCUAUGAAACGACAUGUUUACGUUCAUGUCUGGUGCUCUCCGGAGAAUGCUCAUUAUACCAGGAUUAAGAGUGAAUCCAGUAAAGAAAUGGUUCAGCAAUAACCUCUGUGAUUCGGACACCAUCUUCGCACUGUCCUCCGGGCAUGGCAGAUGCGGAGUGGCUGUGUUGCGUGUCAGCGGCCCCGCCUCUGCUCUUGCUCUCAGCAGCCUGGCUGGCCUGACGCAUAGCCGUGCUGUCCCCCGUACUGCUCUCCUUCGGAACAUCACUGACCCUCGUUCUCAGGAGCUGCUCGACAGGGGACUGGUUCUUUGGUUCCCAGGUCCUCAUAGCUUCACUGGGGAAGACAGUGUGGAAUUUCACAUACAUGGUGGUUCUGCUGUCAUCAGAGGGGUCUUACAAGCCUUAGGAACCCUCCCAGGUGUUCGGCCUGCAGAGGCCGGAGAGUUCACACGCCGGGCCUUCUAUGCAGGAAAGCUGGGCCUUACAGAGGUGGAGGGGCUGGGAGACCUGAUACACGCAGAGACCGAGGCACAGAGGAGACAGGCUCUCCGACAAAUGGCAGGUGACUUGGGUCAGCUCUACAGCAACUGGAGCCAGCGGCUGACCAGGUGUUUGGCGCAUGUUGAAGCCUUCAUUGACUUCAGUGAGGACGAACUCAUAGAGGACGGGGUCCUAAACCAAGUGGACAGCUCUGUGUCUCAGCUUCAGGAGGAGUUAGAGAGGCAUCUGCGGGACGGACGACGAGGGGAGCGGCUCCGCGGGGGCGUCCAGGUUGUCAUCGCUGGUGCGACAAAUGCAGGAAAGAGCAGUCUCCUGAACAUGUUGUGCCAGCGUCCUGUGGCCAUUGUGUCACCGGUUGCAGGGACCACCAGGGAUGUGGUGGAGACAGCCCUGGACAUAGGGGGAUUUCCUGUUCUGCUGAGUGACACAGCCGGACUGAGAGACACCCCGGAUAUUGUGGAGAGAGAGGGAGUCCGCAGAGCCAGGGAGAGGGUGGAGCAGGCAGACUUGACACUGGUUGUUGUGGACUCCACGCACCUUCCCAGAGAUCUCCAGGGAGUACCCAGCUUCCUCAUGGGCCAGCUUAGGACUGUACUGCAUAGUGCAGAAGCCCAGGAGGCAGCCUUGCAAAGAUGCCUGCUGGUCCUCAACAAAAGUGACCUGCUUGCUGGACAGCUGGUGGAGAGAAUACAGAAAGUACUCAGCCAAACAGAAGGUCUGCCUGCUGCCUGUCUGCUGUCCUGCCAAACGGGUGAUGGACUGGACAACUUUCUUGUGGUCUUUCAGAAACAAGUAAAAACUUUGUGUGGAGACCCCCUGAGUGGUGAUCCCAGCCUGACCCAGGCAAGGCACCGUGCUCAUCUGCAGAACUGUGUCCAGGCCCUGGCACAGUACCACCACUAUCGAGACUUGGACCUGGCACUGGCUGCAGAAGGGCUGAGGCUAGCCCUCACCAAUCUGGGCAGGAUAACAGGCAAGGUGGGAGCUGAGGAAAUCCUGGAUAUCAUCUUCAGGGACUUCUGCAUAGGAAAAUAGUGUUGCUUGCCAAGGCGUGAACUUGAAAUACCUCAAA